AUGUCCGACGACGAACGGCCACGGAAAUUAGCCAAGAUCGGCAAUACAGACGAGUCCACAGAGCAACAACUCGGUCCUGCCAUGACCGGCGCAGUCCCCGCCAACAAUGAGUCGGAGAAAAUGGAUGCGCACACCACCAACGAAUCUACCCUCGCAAGCUCGGAACUCCCCGGAGAUGCUGUGAAUGAAACAACCGAGACAGCUUCAGCAGAAGGAGCCGAGGAAAACGCACCAAAAAUGUCAAAAAAUCAACUUAAGAAGCUCCGCCGCCAAGCAAAGUGGGAGGAAGAACGCGAUAUUCGCAAAGCGAAGCGCAAGGAUCUCGCACAAAAGAAGAAAGAGCGGCGGUACGAGGAGAUAAAGGAGGCCCGGGCAAAUGGUGGCUCAGAGGCUGUAUUAGCUCUCAAGAAACAGUGGGAGGGAACGAAAGCCAAGUUUAUACGGUCGAAGCUUCUGCCCUUUACAAUUGUCGUCGACUGCGGUUAUGACGAACUGAUGAAUCCCAAGGAGCGCAUCUCCUUGUCAUCGCAAUUGACCCGCAUAUACUCUGAUAAUAGCCGCUCACCCUGGCGCGGAAACCUGAUCUUCUCAACCUUUGACAAGCUACUCAAAGAACGCUUCGACACUACACUAUCCAGCUACAAGCUUUGGAAGGGUAUACAAUUCAUACCCGAGGAUUUCGUGCAAGCCGCAGACAUCGCCAAGGGACAUAUGGCAUCCCCGCGCGGUGGCAGGCUUGUCGGGCCUUUUGACAAAUAUCCAGACGCGAAAUCAGAAGACGGAGAGGUCAUCUAUCUCAGCAGUGAUAGCGAGAACACUCUUACGGAAUUGAAGCCAUAUUGUACAUAUAUUAUUGGUGGACUGGUGGAUAAGAAUCGGUACAAAGCAGUCUGCUACAAGAAUGCCGUGGAAAAGGGUAUCAAGACCGCCAAGCUGCCCAUCUCGGAAUACAUCAAAAUGACAGACCGCUCGGUGCUCACCACAAACCAUGUGGUGGACAUAAUGUUGAAGUGGCUUGAAUUAGGUGACUGGGGCGAGGCAUUCAUGAAGGUUUUGCCCCCGCGAAAGGGCGGGAAACUGAAAGAGAAAGCUGGUAACCAAGACAAUAAAGAUGGGGAUGCCGAAGCAGACGGCAGUGCCGAGGAAGAAGUCGUGGAGGACGAACAAAAGGAUAUGGAUGUGACACUGAUGGAGCAGAUCAUGGCCGAUGUAGCUGGAGAGGGAGAAGACGAGCGCGAAUCAUGA